AUGCAGUCCUCCCGGGCAGAAUGCUCUGCUUUCAACCCUGCGCUGUGGAGUUUGCUUCCACUGGCAGAAACAUCUUGCAGUGUCUGUCGGAGUAUUAAUCAUUGUUUUGGGGUUUUUGAUUUCUCUGCAGUUAAUCACCUGCUGGCGUUGCUCGUGGCUGCUGCCGUGGUGCGGCGUGCCCAUCCUUCCCGCAGCUUGGCCAGUGAGAGGAAUUCUAUUGAAAGUACUUAUGAGCUGACCAAAUAUCUGGAGUACCAGCUCAAGGAGAUCAAAGAUGUAUAUCUGACCUACCUAGGUCCACCUUUCAAUGAAAAAGACUUCUCCCCUCCUCGGCCCAACAGCACCGCUCUGACUCUGCCGAGUGCCGCCACUCGGCUGGAACUCUGGCACGGCCUGGAAAACCAAGCACGGCUGGCCCAGAACCAGAGGGCUUACUCCAUCCUGCUGACAGCCGUCAGGGAGCUGGCCCGCUCAACUCUGUGCCCCUCCCUCAAGACCUCCCUGCUGCAGUUCUGCACAGGUUUGGAUGGGCUGCUGGGCUCAAUUUCUGCCCUGAUGACCACCCUGGGUUACUCAUCUCAGUCUGCAAACAUGGGAGACAUAGCUGGCGAGCUGCAGUACCUGCAGAGGGGCACAGGGGGCAACCGACCAGCACCGCUCAUGAGCCAGAGCCUGUACAGAUCCAGAGCCGGCUCAAGAACAGAGUCCGGCCAGCGUGGCAGUCAAAGAAAGAGUGGGGCGAAGGUGAUCAGAGGAGAGAGGGAAGACGGUGUCCGUGUGGACCUGGUGACGAGAAAGAAAGGGAAAGAGGGGAAGAGAGCAGAUGUUGCCACAUCUGGAGGAAGGAGUAGUGGGGUGAGGGAGAGGGGAAGAGGAGAAAGAGGAAGAAGAGAUAAGAGGGAAGAGCCUGAGAGAAGUGGGAUGAAUGUCAGUGAAAAGGAGACGGCAGGGAUAGAGGAAGAGGCCGUGGAAAGAUGGGGGAAGAGAAGGUUGCUGAGUAUCGAUGAGGAUGGAGGGGAACAGGACAGGGAGCUGGGAUUCAGGCUGGAAGUGUCUUAUCUGGGCGCGGGAGGAGCAAUACACCAAAUACAAACAGACAACAGCAACCAGUUCAGCUUCAACUUGAACUCACAUCACUUUGACACACUCAGAGAAGAAGAUGGAUUUAUUUUAGAAAAAAGCAGAAGUUUAUUGGUGAAUGAGGAGAAGCAACCGGAUAUAGAGGUCAUCUCCUCUUUCUCCCAUCUUCAGCAGCGUCGAGCUCCUCGCUCCCUCCUGUCCGCCUCCCUUCAGCCUCCUGUGCCCACCAUCUCUCUCCUGUACCAGUUUGAAGGAGGUGAAGACCACUCCCUCCUCCCUCAGACUGUCCCCCUUUCUCUCUCAGGGGGCACCUCCCUCCUCUCACCUCCCUCCUCACUCCUGUCAGUGCGGCCGACCAUGAACGAUUUCGCCAGGAAGGUUGAGGGAUUCUGGAUACUGAGAGAGCUGCAGAGCUGGUUGUGGAGAUCAGCGAAGGACUUUAACCGCCUCAAGAGGAAACUCAGAGCCUGAGAUGUUUAGACAGUGAGACACAGACACAACACAGCGGAAAUCAAUCGUUUUUCCACACAAAUCUGAGGGGAAGAAAACUAAGAACUCUGACGGAAGAACGGAGAUUAGCGCAUACACGCCCAAGACAUCCAUUCAUACCGUACUGGAAUAAAUGAAUAAAGAACUAUUUGGCAGGUCACCAGACUUGCUACUGGAAUAUAAAACACACAAAGCUGUCACAUGACCGGCAAUGUCGCUAAUACACAUAGCAGGUCAUUGAGCGAAACUUGGUGAGAUGGCGUCUGAGUUACGGGACUUCACGGCUCAUAGAUCAACAGAAAUACCACUGUAGGUGGUUAGACACACACACACAUACAGACGAGACCGAGUCCGAGUGACAGGCGGCGAGGCAGACAGUACAGCCAUUGAGUUAGAAACCAAUUCAGUGACCGCAUAUGUGUGAAUCAGCAAACAUUCAUUUUCUCUAAAGGAAGAGAGAACAGUUUUGAAUGGGGAAAAAGACAAAAGAGGAGGAAAAAUGGCCUAAGGGAUGAUGAGAGCACAGAGGAGGAGAGAGGAAGCUGAGGAGGUGUGAGUCAGGCGUUGAGUGCUGGAAAUAACCAGCAGAGUGGUAUUGCUGAGUAAUCACUGAUCAGCUAGUCAGUUACAGUAACCCGACAAGAGCGCUACUUAUACCAGACACAUUCCAGUCAGAGCGCUCAAACACACUUAUUGUCUUAUUUUCCGCCUUAAAAAACCAUUCACUUCUUACCGCUAAUCAUUUCACUUCACAGCUUGAAAUAUUUAAUACCAUCUUUAUUGAAAAGCAUUUUCCCUUAAAUCCUGCUUUGACGGGCACUGGAAUCACAUUUCUGCAAUAAAUGUGACGACAGGAGCAACAGGCAUUCAGCUUAGCUUCUCAUGAUGUACAGAAACGUGCAGCAUACAGGCAGAAAAAUUCACCCGCUCAAGCUUUUAGUCAAACCAUUUUGAAUUUAUUUAAUCAUGUUGAAGCCUAAGGUGUAAAAAUAACAUCAAUAAACUUCCAAGCAAUGAUUAGAGACUCCAGAAGAUGCAGCAAAGUCUUACUGCUGCUUUUUCAUAAGUAGUAAGGUACCUUAAAACACAAAUAUUGGUAUUUACAUUUUUAUUUGAACGCAAAAGACCAUUUUAGCGCUAGCUUCAUUGAAGUUUGGUACAAUAGCAUAACUGUCACAAGAUAUGCACCAGAAACUAAACCCAGCAAGGCUUCCAGUUUCUUUAUUUUAAAGACCAAUCUUUCAACAAGAAUGCCAUCAUCCAUGUCUGACACGUUUGUCUCCUCGCUGUGGCAAACAAUCACAUACCAGGAAUCAAUUACAGCAUUUCUUUUAUAGUCUUUAUUGUUUAAGCAUGCCUAAAGUCUUGUUCGUCACUUCACAUUUAGUGUCGGAAUAUAUCUUCAUGGCUGUCUUGAAUGAUCCCUUGUGAUCAGAUUUCACCACACUGCUCUGGAUGCAAACAAAAACAUGUCCUGCAUCGUUUCUGUUGGCAAAAGCCACAUUCGUGGUCCCUUUACAGAUCACAUUUUGCAAACAUGCAUCUACCCACACCUGCAUUGUUCAGUAGUGCAUCCAUUCCUGGACUGCAAUUAACAUCUGGACCCACCUCAGUCUGCUGAUGCAUGACUCCCAACCCAGCCUCCGAUUUAACAGACUGCACAGUCACCGACUUAGAAGUUCUUGAUUUUUAUCGGCAGUGACUAACACCAACAUGCAAAGUGAAUGGUAAAUACAAAAGUUUAAAAAUAUCUGCUGGUACUAAGUAUAAUCUUUUAUUUAUUUGGGUAUUUUUUAAGUAGGAGGCUCAUCAUAUAAGUAGGAGGUGUCUCCAAACACAUUUGAGUUGAAAUGAUCUGGCCAGACCACCGCAGAAAGUUAUCUAAGUCUUGGACCUGAAGGUCUGGGCAUCCUUGGUGCCUUCCCAUCAGUACUUCCUGACAUCCACUCGAGAGUAGAUCAUCUACAUCAGAUGCUUGUGCCAUCUUGAAACAGGACGCUUAUUCAAAAUAAAGAAAACACGUUUCCUCCAAAAAGCUGAACUAUUAAUGUUCCAAAGCCAAGAAAACAAAUCAAAAUCAAAAUCAGAUACACUGAGCUUUUCCCAUUUCCAAGUUAAGAUGUUUCUUUUUUUGAGAAUAUAUUUGUCGUUAUGUGUUUUGAAAUGUGCCUUAGAUGAUAUGACCAAAAAUUAUUGAUCAUAUGAACACUAUUUAUUGAACAAGAUGUUUAUUUAUUUUUUUCCAGUGUGAAAAUACUGUAUUGUAACUUGAGAGAGAAUAAAUACUAGCUUUUGUACACAGCAUGGUGUUAUUGGUCAUUUGGGAGCUCAUUAUGAGAGGACACU